AUUUUGUAUGACUAUAAGGCGUUACCGUACUAAAGUGAACAACACACGUAAACAAGUGUGAUAGAGAUUUCGAGAAGAAAGCAGUUUUAAUUGACACAUAACAGAAAUGUCAGACGCACAAGAAGAAAGUGAUUUGUUAGCAGGACACCCCCCUGCAGUUAAGGCUGGAGGAAUGCGAAUUGUACAACACAAGCAGCCAGAUAAAAGUGAUUCUCAUCAAUCAAGGGAGGAAAAGCAGGAGCAAGCUGAAGAGUUUGGGACUGUUGAUGUAAGUGCUGAUAAACACCACCAAUCUAUUCUUCUGUCUGGAGCAGUAACCAAGGGAGACAAGGACUUCCCUCCUGAGGCUGUGAAGAGUUAUCAUCAGAAACCGUUACCAACUCAUGAGAAUCGACCAGUACAGAAGCCUAAUAUAAUCCAACAGCCCCGCUGAAGUUAGCGUGUCUAAUGACCUCAUUACAAGCGGGCUGGCAGAUAGGACAGGACCUCCAAAAAAAAUGUUAGAAAAGGAAUAGCAUUGUAUUUUUCUUUUUUUCACAAAAUUUAAAAAGUUUUUUUUUUGUAAAUUAAUGAUUACAAGUUAAAAAAAAUUCUACGCAUUAUUAACGCUUUUUGUAAAUGCAUUUAGUAUAAACGUUUGUGACUUUUUUUAAAUGCCACAGAAGAUAUCUGUACUUUGAAAUAAUGUUGUGACUGAUGCUGGUAGACAAUACAGUUAAAGAAGGUGAAGGGUUUCAUGUCUGUUCAUUUGUACGUCUCUGGUUUUUGAUUAGAAUCUUGAUUAAAAAUGUGGUCCUGCAUUUAUUAAAAAAGAUAACAUAUUUAAGGGAGUGAUAACAUACAAUUUGGUACAGUUGUGCAAAUUUGAUUUACAAUUAAUAGGAGACUAUAAUUUCUACAGAUAUUAAAUCAAAUUCCUAUAUUGGUUGUUUUUGGUGCAUGAUUAUAUCUUAUUUUUUAAAUUGUAUAUUAUGUCUAUAUAUCUGUGCCAUACAUAGAAUUUAGUAACUUUUGAGAAAAGAAAGUCUGCUUACAAUUCAGUUUUUGCUAGCUUUGAAAAAAAUGCGAUUUUAAGAGUAUAAUAUGUAAUUACCUGUGAAAUUAUAUUUUCAGUAAUUUGUAAUUAUUGGGGAGAGGAAUGCUUAAUGAAAAUCAGGGAUUGUAAAAAUCAUGUUUUUACCUAUUCAUGUGCACAUUAAUAUUCAUUGAAAAAU